AUGCGCUGGGUCUCUCUCUGUGCUGUCUUGGGCGUGGCCCUGCUCUCACCCGCAGCCGAUGCUCGCCCCUGUAAGACCCGAUCCACGACCACUCCGUCUGCCACUCAUUCCCCAACACUGCCGGUCUCAUCCAUAAGUUCCGUGUCUACGCCAAUCUCAACCCCCGUCUCAUCGGAUAUAUCGACGCCUAUUUCUACUCCCGUUUCAUCGGAUGUCUCGACUCCAAUCUCUACACCUGUAUCAUCGGACGUGUCGGUUUCGCUUUCGACCCCCGUAUCGACCGAUUUGUCAACUCCCGUAGAGUCGACGACUACUCCCACGUCUACACCCAUUCCUGAACCGACCCCGGUGAACCUGAUUCAAAAUGGAAAUUUCGAAGGCGAGGAUGUCUCGGUCUGGGCCGUUAGGACUGUGAGCAUUGAGGAAGACGCCGCCAAAGCCGCCUCUGGAUCCCACUACGCUCGAUUCUACCUCGAGAAUGAUUCAGGUGCCGGAGGAAACCAUUUGAACCAGACUAUCAAUGGUCUUGACACCUCCAGACUAUACCGACUAUCUUUCUCGGGAGCCGUUUUUGGUCUCACUAACCUUGGUGACGCGACCUGCGAGAUACAAGCCCUGGCGAACGGUAACCAGAAAGGAGCCUGGCCGAUCCGAACUAUCCCUGCGGGAUCCUAUUCCAGCUACGGCACUGACUUCAUAGCCGAUUCAGAAGACUUUGUCUUGACUUUUAGGGUCAGAUGCUCGGGCGAGAAUCUCGUUACUCUUGACUUUGCUGUUGAUGACAUAGUCCUUCAGGUUAUCGGAGCGGUACCAGUAUCGCCGAUCUGA